AUCUCGUGCUCUUGGAAAUCGGAGAUGACCAACCAUCUCGGAAAGUUCUUGUAUACCUCCGGCCCAAGUGGUAUCCGUACCGCGUAAUGAUGAUGAUAUGCACGCGAGGAUUUUUCAUAAGGCUGUGGGUACCGGGUGCAGUUCAAUAUAGGGACCUUGCCUUCCAUCUGUUCUCCACUCCCAACUUCUGUCUAUCAGAAUGCCAACGGCCACGGUCAAAUCGAGCACCGGAAAGACUACGUUCAACUACAUAAUAUCGACACCCUCAACUUCUUCAGCCACCUCUAUCGACAGAAAUCUGCCAACAUUGCUAUUUAUUCACGCGUUCUACUUAGGAUCGCAAAUCUUUCAACAGCAACUCGAGGACCCACAGAUAAGAAGAUUCAAUUGUGUCACACUGGAUCUUAGAUUACAUGGGCUCACGACGAGCGAUCCACUUCCCGAAGGCUACAGUGCGAAGGACGCUGCUGAAGACGUUGCACUGUUCAUGGAUGAGAUUAAAUUACCCGCCUGCCACGUCGUGGGGUUGUCGAUGGGCAGUAUGGUGGCGAUCGCCCUGGCUGUGUACUCGAAUCGAGUCGCCUCUCUUUUCCUUGUGUCACCGCUAGGGCUGGAGGAGCCGGUAGAUGUCGCCGAUGGUCGGCGGGAAAUAGCAGAAUACUGGAGGGAAGCUUUCAAGACAGGCUCGCCCGACAUGACGACCAUCUCUGAUUCUAUCUACGGCGCCCAUCAAUUAGGUUUCAACAAUAAUCUCAACGACUUAGUGAACGCGCUGACUAAUAUCUCACUUCCUCCGGCCUUGAAGAAUUCUGUUCCUGGGUUCUUUGAGCAGUAUGACAGAGCUGUGGUUGGGUUUGUAAACAACCGAAAGGAGUACACCAAGGAUCAGCUUUCUCGGAUACAUGUCCCCGUCAAGUUGGUCCAUUGCCUAGGAAGUAUCGCAUACCCUCAAGAAUAUUCAGAAAAUUUUAUGCAACAGCUGAAAAACGCUGAAGUAAAUGUCAACCUGGCCACCAUACCAGAAGCACCACACUUCGGCGUUGUAACACACAGUGAUAUUGUGAACCGGUUACUCCAUGCAUUCAUUAUAGACAACUGUCGGACGCCUGUUCCCCCGGCACCCCAAGAAGUCAGCUCUCCGUGGGAAGCAGAGUUGGCGAAGGCAGGCUGGAAAAAGAGUGUGGACAACCCUGAGGACGAUUGAGACCGGUUCGCUAAUCCUAUACCCUUCUUUUUGCUUUUAGGUACAGAUUGUUAAUAAUGCACAGUGGAAUGUACCCGCGCGCUUCUUAUGCGUAAGAAUCAUACCUG